AAAACGAAAAUAAGCCCCAAGAAGAGGCAGAGGAGGCGGCAUUUAUCAAAAAAGGCAUUUUCACCUCAAAGAAACACUGUUUUCAAGACGUAACCAUCGUUGAGAUCUGAAGACAUGAGUUAGUAAUACAUCACUUUUAAUCACUCCGCCCCCUAAAUAAUAAGGUUGGAGUGCCUUCCAAGCACAACUUCCAAAUGCCAAUUACGUCAUCGACGCUGGUUUUCUCUUUUUUUCUUGUUGGGUUUAGGGUGAAACUUAAGUGAAACCACUCAGAUGGGAUCCGGUGGGAGCAAGGGUUGUUGUAGAGUAGGAGGAGGAGGAAGAGACACUGCACCUGCUGCUUCCUCGUCUAGCAGCGGUGGGCUGAGGGGAAGAUCCAAGGUUAAGAAUAGAGUUUUCCGGUCCUCUUGUUUGGGAGCGUUAUCUAGAUCUGCUUCUCCUAAACCCAACUUUGAUCACCGGAAACAACCUGCGUCGGAAUCGGAUCUGGUGAAAAGAGAAAGUAACAGAAAGGUUGAAGGCGAAGCGGCAUCUAAUGAGGAAAUGCAAUUGCCAUUGCCAACCCCAUGCAUAUCUUCCGGUGGUAGCACCUCUGGUGCAGCUGUAACAGCUGCUCAUCGCUCUCCUUCUCGCUGCCUCUCCGGCAUUAGCUUCCUUCCUGGUAAUUUGAGCUUCCGGUUCAGCAGAGCUAAUAGCAUGGGGUCCUCCGCGGAGAUGUUGAACCCUGAUGACGAUUCUGAGACACUUGAACCUCAACAACCUCCCCGCAAUUCUUGUUCUCCGAUUAUCUUCAAUGAUUCAGACGGAAGUGGAGAGACUCUCGAAAGCAACGCUCGUUUUAGCAGAGCCUUAAGUGUUGGAAGGCUUCGUGAUCGUGUUCUUGGUAGAGCUCCCACAUUCUGCCCUUUGCAGCAAGACAUACAAAUUACUCAGCAGCAAUUAGCUACCUCUCCAUCCACCACUGCUUCCGCUCAUGCUUCCUCCGUUAUUUCCCACGAUGAAAUUGAAACUUCUCGAUCCAGAGAAGCCCGGUAUCAUGAUUUGCUCCACCAUAGAUCCAAUUUCCUUGAAAGGCGGAGAAGAAUACGAUCUCAGGUUCGAGCUCUUCAACGGCUAGGAAGCCGUUUUGAGAACUUUUCAGGGCAUGAAAGAUCCUGCAUUUUAUCUGGCCAACAUAGAAGUGGUCGAUGCACAUGUCGUGUAAAUAAUCGAGAUUCUAGUUCAAAUGAUGACACCACUGGUGCUAGGUCUAGUGUAUCCAGAAUCGUUAUGUUAGCUGAGGCUUUAUUUGAGGUCCUGGAUGAAAUUCACCAGCAGUCUAUGGUUUUAUCUUCGCGACCGUCCGUGUCUCCAAUUGGUUCUGUUCCUGCACCUAAUGAAGUUGUGGAAUCACUUCCUGUGAAAGUGUACAAGUCACCCAAACUUAAGAAUGAUGAGGCUGUGCAAUGUUACAUAUGUCUUGUGGAGUAUGAGGAGGGGGAUAGCAUUCGGAGAUUGCCUUGUAAUCAUGAAUUUCAUAGAACAUGUAUAGACAAGUGGCUCAAGGAGAUUCACAGGGUCUGCCCUCUUUGUCGUGGGGAUAUAUGCGGACCUGAUUUGAUGCCUGGGGAGAAGUAGAGCUUCUGGUUUUUAUACGAGAGGAGCAUUGGCAACUGACUUUGGUUACAAAAGGGAAAAAGAAAGAGAAGAGAAGUGAUAAUUAUAUACUAUUAUUAUUGAGGAUGAAUGUGAAUGAGUUUGUUUAAUAUACCAUCUGUGAUCAGGGUGAUCACCUUUUGGCUGCACAAUAAAAUAAUACAGGAAUGGCUUGGGAGUAGUAAGGGGCUAUUGAACUUUGUGAUUUGCAGUGUAAGGCUGUGUGUAAGCCUUCUUGCCUUGGGGCCACAACUCAGCUGGAAGAAAGAAAGGAAGGAGAAGAAAUUUGAUUGUUCAUCUUCAAUGUUGUUACCAAAGAAAUAUUAUUACCAA